CUUCACUCAAGUAGGUCCCAGUGAGUAGCACUUGGACAGACCUCUCUGAUCUGCUCACCAGCUCCUUUUCUUCUUCUUCACCUCCGCAUUCUCCCUCUUUCUUUCAUCCAAAGCAAAAUCUCCAGUACAAGCAAACUCAAAUCCAGAUAUCCCUUCACUGGGAUUUUGAAGAAAUGGGUAUCAAAUGGGUUUUCAUGAUAAUGGUGGUAAUUUCACUAGUCUCUGUAAAUGUGGAAGCAAAGGAGAAACUUUGUACCAGUACUAAUAAAUGGGAAUGCAAGAAUUCAAUUUACUGUUGUAAUCAAACAAUUUCAGAUUUCUUCCAAUCUUAUCAAUUUGAGAACUUAUUCUCAAAGAGAAACGCACCCACAGCUCAAGCUGUUGGCUUUUAUGAUUAUCAGUCAUUUAUUACCGCUUCUAUUGAUUUCCAAAGACUUGGAUUUGGUACUACUGGUGGGAAAAAGAUGCAAAUGAAAGAAGUUGCAGCAUUUUUAGGUCAUGUUGGUGCUAAAAGUUCUUGUGGUUAUGGUGUUGCUACUGGUGGUCCUUUAGCUUGGGGACUUUGUUAUAAACGGGAGAUGAGUCCUAGCCAGUCUUACUGUAGAGAUGGUUAUCUCUAUCCUUGUGCUCCUGGUGCUGAAUACUAUGGUCGUGGUGCUCUUCCUGUUUACUGGAACUUCAACUACGGAGCUAUCGGUGAUGGAAUAAAGGUGGAUCUGUUGAACCAUCCUGAAUACCUAGAACAAAACGCUACUAUUGCCUUCCAAGCUGCUAUGUGGAAAUGGAUGACACCAAUCAAGAAAAACCAACCUUCACCCCACCAAGCUUUUGUUGGAGACUGGAAGCCUACCAAGAACGACACUUUGGCCAAGAGGCUUCCUGGUUUCGGAACCACAAUGAACAUUCUCUAUGGUGAUCAAAUUUGUGGUCAAGGUGAUAUCGAUGACAUGAACGUCAUUGUUUCCCACUACCGCUAUUACCUUGAUCUGAUGGGAGUUGGUGCAGCAGAUGCAGCUACAGAUAAUGAUAACCUUAGCUGCGCGGAACAGCAAGCGUUCAACCCAACAAAGACAGAAAAAGAUGCAUCCUCUUAAGCUAUGGUAUCUGUACUCAUAGUGUUUGUUAUAGCACCCCAACCCAAUUCUAAAUAGAUCCUCUUCGGCGGAAAACAUAAAUAAGGAGGGUGAAGAUAUUGGUUUUUGUCAGACUAGUUGAUUGAAAUAGAAGGUGAAGGCCUCUUUUGUUAUUGCCAAAGAUUGAUUGUUGUUUUACCAUUUGCUUUGUUUCUAGACAAUUGUGUGUAUGUCCUUCCAGUUAUUUUCUUGUCAUGUACUAUUAUAUGUGGUUACUCUGUUGAUUGUGUACUUAAAAAUACAAUAUUCUUCUUGUUAAUAUAUUUUGUUGUUCUGUCA